AUGCACGGUAAUUUCUCUAAAACCAGAGGAGCAUUCAGCGAUUAUGUGAUUGCUGAUGUUAACACUACAGUCAAGUAUGAUAAAUCUGCCUUCAAUUCCGAAGCUCUUGAAGUAGGUGAUCAUAAUUCAUCUUUGAUUAAUACGUUCGAAGGUGCUGCAUCUAUCAACUUGGGGCUUGUUACCGUUGGUUUGUCUUUUCACCAUAAGCUUGGUAUCAAGGCAGACAAACAAGCUAAUGCUUCCAAAUAUAUUUUGAUUUGGGGUGGUGCUACAGCUACUGGUAUCUUAGCAAUUCAAGUCGCAAAGCUUGCAUAUGGCUUAAAUGUCAUCACAACAGCUUCUUCGAAACACCACGAUUUCUUGAAAUCAUUAGGUGCUGAUAAAGUUUUUGACUACCAUGAUUCAGAUGUUAUCGAGCAAAUAAAGAAAGCUGGUGGUUCUAAUAUCAGAUAUGCUUUGGAUACGGUUUCAAACGAACAAACUUUCCAAUCU